AUGGACGACAAUUUGGCCGCCGAGAUCGCCAGAAUAGAGGCGGAGCUUGAGGCUGACCGCCAGUUUCGCGAGCUGCAACAACGACAGCAGCAGCAGCAGCAGCAACAACAACAGCCGUUUGGCGCCAUGGAUGCCACAAGCGCCUUUGAAAGGGCAUCCGCUGCGGAAAAUAAUCCGCACCCCGCGCAGCGCCAGCGGAUGUUCGCCCACGGCGGAGACCCCAUGGCGGCGCAGCAGCAGCAGCAGCAGCAGCCGGGUGUGAUGGCCCCGACGUCGGGGCAGCCGCAUCAGUUCUCAAAGGACAGCGACGGCCGCUCCAUAUUUGUGGGGAACCUCCCGCGGGGCGAGAACGGCGGCCCGACCACCACGCCGGAGGAGCUGGCGCAGUUCUUUGCCGAUUGCGGACAAAUACUGAACUGCACCGUUCUGCGUGACCGCGGAACGGGCGAGUUGAAGGGCACGGCAUACGUGGAGUUUGCAUCGUACACCGCCAUGGGGAAGGCCAUUGACACCAAGAAUAAUGCCAGCUUCAAGGGCAGUACCAUCAUUGUAUGUUGA